AUGCCUGUCCACUACCAGCAGCCUUCCAACUUCGACAAGUUCAAAAUGGGCGCCAUGAUGGGCAGCACUGUUGGUGUCUGUGUCGGUGUGCUUUUUGGCGGUUUCUCCAUUUUGCAACAUGGUGCUGGUCCUAAUGGUGUCAUGAGAACUUUGGGCCAGUACAUUAUGGGCUCUGUGGCCACUUUUGGUUUAUUCAUGUCGAUUGGUUCUGUCAUCAGAUCCGACACUGGCUUCCAGACCACUCAGCAGGCCAUGCUCCUUGCCAACAAGCAGAGGUUGAGAAACAUGUACGGCUUCGAGCACUAA